AUGGAUCGGUUGGUGAACGCGGUGAUGGACCUGGUGGUGCCGCCGGCGAGCAUGGUGAUGCUGGCGUUCGCGUGGCCGACGCUGUCGUUCCUGCGCGGCGUCGAGUGGGCGCUCAAGACACUCACCAAGGAGGACAUGCUCGGCAAGGUCGUCGUCAUCACCGGCGCAUCCUCCGCAAUCGGCGAGCAAAUCGCGUACGAGUACGCCCGGCGGAACGCGAGCCUGGUGCUGGUGGCGCGGCGGGAGCAGCGGCUGUUCGGGAUCCGCGACAACGCGCGGCAGCUGGGCGCCGGCCAGGUCCUCGUCAUCGCCGCCGACGUCGUCAAGGAAGAGGACUGCCGGAGGCUCGUCGCCGACACCGUCAGCUACUUCGGGCAGCUGAACCAUCUGGUGAACACCGUGAGCUUGAGCCACGACUUCAGCUUCGAGGAGGCCGGCGACACCACGGCCUUCCCUCACCUCAUGGACAUCAACUUCUGGGGCAACGUGUACCCGACCUACGCCGCGCUGCCCUACCUCCGGCGGAGGCACGACCGCGUCGUCGUCAACGCGUCCGUCGAGAGCUGGCUCCCCAUGCCCAGGAUGAGCCUCUACUCUGCGGCGAAGGCGGCGGUGGUGGACUUCUACGAGACGCUCCGGUACGAGGUGAAGGAUGAGGUGGGCGUGACCGUGGCGACGCACGGCUGGGUCGGCGGCGACGCCGGCGGCGGCAAGUUCACGCUGGACCACCACGAAGGUGCGGCGGAGGUGCAGUGGAAGCAGGAAGAGCGCGAGGCGGCGGCGGCGGCAGCGCUGCCGGGGGGAGGGCACGUGGAGGCGUACGCGCGGGCACUGGUGGCCGGCGCCUGCCGCGGCGACGCCUACGUCAAGCGCGCCAGCUGGUACGACGUCUUCCUCGUCUUCCGCGUCUUCGCGCCCGACGUCCUCGCCUGGACCUUCCGCCUCCUGCUGUCGUCCACGCCCGCCGCCGCCGGCCCGACCACGAGCGCGAUCACCGCACGUCGCCCGCCUCCCGCCGCUCUUCCGGCCCCGCCGGUUCGCCCGCUGCUGGAGUACACGCCGGUGGCGGCGUCCCGGAGGCCCGCGCACCAGGUGCAGAAGCUGGAAUGA